AAUCUAAAGGAUAAAAUUAUGGAAUAUGAAAAUUUGUUUAAAUCCAAUCCUCGUCUGGUUAUUAAAGCAUCUUCUGUUGAAUUUGUAAAUGAGUCACUUCGUGACAACAAGUCCUUUGAUAAAAAGUUAUUUUUAUCCAUCUUACUUGGAUAUUUUUUCGGCGAAAGCGUCAAUUCUCUUUAUGAAUUGCCAUCGCGUUUUCAAGCGAUCCCCUUGCUGGAAGUGCUGCUGAAAAUUGACGAGAGCACACUCCCAUCCGGCACCGUUCAGAAAAUUCAUCCCGCAAUCGUGCCAUUAAUUCGCCAUAACAUUCGUUCUGGCUCGUUUGAAUGGCUGAACUUUUUUGCCGUGGCAAAGCUUCUGGACCCAAAAUAUGACUUUGUUGAUCAUAUCCCAGAACAAAAUUACAGUGAAAAAAACAUGGAUACCUUUUUAAAACUUUUGAAGCUGCAGGUUUGUCCUCACUUGGAUCAAUUGGAGGACGACGAUGUUUAUGUGAGGAUUGCGAAGUGGUCGCUUAAGCAAUGCAAUAGUAUGAAAUCGAUUGUCGAAGUGUGGAACAAUAUUAUUAUUCACACCGAAGCAAGAGAUGUUCAUCUCUUCAAAUAUUUUAGGGAGCGUACUCAAAAAAUUGUAAAGUCGAUUGAUAUACCUGCUGAUUUGUGCUCCCAGUUUACCGCGCUUCCCGAUGAUCUCAAGGAUUUGACCACCGAAAUGUUUCGCAAGCAAGCCCUUCAUAUAUUGGGCCUUCAUUUUAACCGCGACUGGAUAAAGGAACAAGCCGAAGCAAUUCGUGAACUUUUUUUUUUAAAUGAACAACUAGGGUGGACUCGGCAAGAGUAUACUUCAUUACUUGAUACUAUAUCCGAAUGUUCUGAUCUUGAACUAUUGACUUCGUUUCCUAAACUUUUGGAAUUUUGGCGUACAUCGUUCGAAGAUCCACACGACAAAGAUCUUCCAAACAUAUGUAAGAAAUGGUAUCGAAAACUUUUGGAAAGAGGAUCGGGAAUCACAGCGCUCAAGGACAAAUAU